CUCCACACCUGUUUGCCAUCAGCACACCUGCCUGCCGUUACGUCCCACUGGAAUUUUUCCACAUUCUCCUCUAAAAAUGUUGUUGUCUUUCUCCUCCUUUCGUGUUUGGACUUUUAUUAUUAUUGUUAUUAUAAUACAUGAAAGCCUUAAUUUAAAACAGUUUUUUGUUUGACACGGCAGGCUAAAUCACACGAGGUGUUGUGGGACUGCGACGAUCAUAAAGAGCGAGGGAGCGGGGACAUCAGCGCUGGCAUUGACGUAUCGUUUGGGCCUCGUCCAUUAAAGCUGCCCCGACAGCGUACGUUUGUGGAUGUUCAGUUCUUGUUUGUCUUGCCUCGACGCGUUUCGAGAUGCAUUGGAGGUGUUACUCGGGGGAUAACUUUACGCUCACUGCACGUUCAAACCACAUGACAAAAGUCACUCUUAAAGUUCAGUUCCUUCCACUCUUCUUCCUGUGCCAGUGACAAAGGGCAGCGGGUUCAUCUGCACUCCUGGUCAGUGCUUUCAGCCCUUUUGUCAAUUUUCAUGUUGGAGAGAAAUUCUGGUGUUCAACAACAGCGCAAAUUUACACAGUUUCUCUACCAAUGGCUUGAGAAGCCGUCAUUGCCAACCAAUGGCUGGAGUCCGGCUGAAGCACCAUCAUGUCAAAGGCAAAAGGUUCUUUUAUUCAUAGUUACGUUUUGAGGCUUGCAAGAGCUAAAGCAACAGGACAGGAAACUGGGCCCAGUGGCUGCGAGUUCAAGCCAAACCGAGGCUGAAUUGCGGAAUCGCUUCGAAAGGGGGUGACAAGACGGCGCUCUGUGCGGGGAAUAAACGAUGUCGACAGCCCCCCUCCUUAAGUUUCUCAACCUCAACAGAGACCCCAUCGCUCUAGAUGGAGUCGUUUUCAAUAACGCUUUUCUACUUUCAAGAGGCCUUUGGACCCGAUCAAGCAUUCCCUCCUGCCGUGAGGUGCAUUCGUAUGGACGCCGACCGAGUACAGCCGAGUCCUCUGCUGAUGUCACGACCCUCGACCGCUCUCAGUGCCAUGAAUCAUCCCGGGCAACAGCUGCUCCCCACAUAGAGGUCACCCCGCCUCACUUUCCAUUCGAGUCGGUCCAGAGGAUGCUGGGAAUGUGUCGCGGACGCAGGAAGUUCCUGGCGGCCUCCCUCGCCCUGCUCUUCAUCCCGGCGCUCACUUGGCUUUACCUGUCAGUCGGCACGUUUCAAGUGAAACCACUUCCCCUGUCACCGUUGGAAACGCAGUCGUCCACGCCGGCCGGAGGAUUGGGUGAGCGGCAAGCGUUGGAGUCGCGGGUGCGGGCGGUGGAGGAGGAAAACCGGGCGCUGCGCCGCGAGCUCAGCCGGCCACCCAGGAGCCCGUCGUCGCGCCUUCCGUACGGCGGUCACCAUGGCAACCAAAGCAGAGCCCAUUCAGAGGAGGGCACCGGUGAUAAUGAGGGCCAGAAAGCUGCUGCACUGGGAAACAGCUCAGACUGUGUCCAGCAGCCGGUGGUGGAUAAGUGUGAGACCAUCCAUGUCGCCAUUGUGUGCGCAGGUUACAACGCCAGCCGAGAUGUGGUGACCCUGGUUAAAUCGGUCCUUUUCCACAGGCGGAACCCCCUCCAUUUCCAUUUCAUCACCGACUCCAUAGCUCAGCAAAUCCUGUCGUCGCUGUUCCACACCUGGAUGGUUCCUGCUGUCCGGGUCAACUUCUACGAUGGCGACGAGCUGAAGUCGGAGGUGUCGUGGAUCCCCAACAAGCAUUACUCUGGAAUCUACGGUUUGAUGAAGCUGGUGCUCACCAAGACGCUUCCACCAGAUCUCCAAAAAGUCAUCGUCCUGGACACGGACAUCACGUUCGCCACGGAUAUCGCCGAGCUGUGGGCCGUCUUCCAUAAAUUCAAAGGCCAGCAGGUCCUGGGUCUGGUGGAGAACCAGAGUGACUGGUACCUCGGGAAUCUGUGGAAGAACCACCGGCCAUGGCCGGCACUGGGAAGAGGCUUCAACACCGGGGUGAUUCUGCUGCUCCUCGAUCGACUGCGAAAGCUGCGAUGGGAGCAGAUGUGGAGGCUGACUGCCGAGCGGGAAUUAAUGAGCAUGCUGUCUACUUCGUUGGCAGACCAGGAUAUCUUCAACGCCGUGAUCAAACAAAACCCGUUCCUGGUCCACCAGCUGCCCUGCUUCUGGAACGUUCAGCUGUCUGACCACACCCGCUCCGAGAAGUGCUACAAAGACGUGUCGGACCUCAAGGUCAUCCACUGGAACUCGCCGAAGAAACUCAGAGUCAAGAACAAGCACGUGGAGUUUUUCCGCAAUCUCUACCUGACCUUCCUGGAGUACGACGGCAACCUGCUGCGCCGCGAGCUGUUCGGCUGUCCCAGCGAGGCCGAUCACAACAGCGAGAAUCUCCAGAAGACGCUUUCCGAGCUGGACGAAGACGACCCGUGCUACGAGUUCCGCCGCGAGCGAUUCACCGUCCACAGAACACACCUCUACUUCUUGCACUACGAGUACGAAGUCACCCCCGACAACGCGGACGUCACGUUAGUCGCGCAGCUGUCCAUGGACAGACUUCAGAUGUUGGAGGCCAUCUGCAAACACUGGGAAGGCCCCAUCAGCUUGGCCCUCUACCUGUCCGACGCCGAGGCCCAGCAGUUCCUGCGCUACGCUCAGGGCUCCGAGGUGCUCAUGAGCCGAGGGAACGUGGGCUACCACGUGGUCUACAAAGAGGGGCAGUUCUAUCCCGUCAACCUUUUACGAAACGUGGCCAUGCGACACGUCAACACACCUUACAUGUUCCUGUCGGACAUCGAUUUCUUGCCCAUGUAUGGGCUCUACGACUAUCUCAGGAAGUCGGUCUUGCAGCUCGACAUGGGCAACACCAAGAAAGCGCUGGUGGUGCCAGCCUUCGAGACGCUGCGCUAUCGGCUCUCCUACCCCAAAUCCAAAGCCGAGCUGCUUUCUCAGCUGGACAUGGGAACUCUUUUCACCUUCAGGUACCACGUGUGGACCAAAGGCCACGCGCCCACUAACUUUGCCAAAUGGCGGACGGCCACCACGCCCUACCGGGUGGAGUGGGAAGCCGACUUCGAGCCGUACGUGAUGGUGAGGCGGGACAGCCCCGAGUACGACCGGCGGUUCGUGGGCUUCGGCUGGAACAAGGUGGCGCACAUCAUGGAGUUGGACGCGCAGGAAUACGAAUUUGUGGUCCUCCCCAACGCGUACAUGAUCCACAUGCCCCACGCGCCCAGCUUCGACAUCACCAAGUUCCGCUCCAACAAGCAGUACCGGGUCUGCCUGAAGACCCUCAAGGAGGAGUUCCAGCAGAACAUGUCGCGGCGCUACGGCUUCGCCGCUCUUAAGUAUAUGACGGCCGAGAACAACAGCUAGCCACUGCGGGCCCUCGCGUCCCCCGAGCCGUGAGUGACCGUAAUGACUCGGGAAGCUAUUGAAGUUGGGGGGGGGGGGGGGUGCGAGGGUAUGAGGAACGGCGCAGGAAAGAUGGCCCUCGUGAGGCGAGCGGACCUGACUUGGACCUCCUUCAAAAAAUUUGGAACUUAAGUGUACGGAUCGGAGCUGUCGGAUCCGGGAAAUAGUCACCCCCCCUACUGGGAUGGGUCCGGGCGUUCGGAUGUAUUGGGAACAUACGUGCAGGUGUGCGUGUUGGGCCUAGAAAUCAAGGAAGUGACAAAUUUGCCCGGUGCGGACCCCCAUCCAAGAUCCACCACUGCACUCCAAAAAAAAAAAAAACAUUGUGGGACCGCAGCGGCGAGACAAAUCUAUGGGAAUAGAGACGAUUCAAUCGAGCGCCCGGCCGGCCAAUCGGCUGCGGGUGCAAAUCAAAAUCCGUCCUCCGAAGGCAAUGAAAAAUGUUCGCCCAGCGUAAGCGUGCUCCAAUGUCUGUGUGUGUGUGUGUGUGUGUGUGUGUGUGUGUGUUGUGUGUGUGUGUGUGUGUGUGAGUGAGUGUGUGAGUGUGUGAAUAUUUCCUGCACAAGCCACUAUGUUCAGUACAAAAGGCGGUUGUACUACGUUCCUUCCUACUUUUUCACUUUUGCCUCUGGUUUGAUGACAAAUUAGUACUAAUGGCAAUGUUUUUUGUUUGGGUUUUUUAUUUUUUUCCCCCCUUGGACAUCUAAUGUAUUUUUAAAGGUUACUGAAGCCCACACGAGAUGAAAUAAUGAGGUCUGGAUUCAUAAAAGUACACAAAAGCAACCCUAUGUACUUGUAAAGUCUUUACAUUUGGCCAUCAUCUUGUAAGAUGAUGCUCAGUUUCUUUAUUAAUAGAAUAAAAUGUUUAUUUUUGCACUUAGAGCUUUUGAUUUGGUCUUGUCAUGUCACUUAAUUCGUGUGAGCACAUUUUUGAGUGUAUUUGUUGUUGACUCAGUUUAGUAUUUAUUUUAUUUCUACUGUUGUGAAACUAGAGGCCACUGUCUCCCCCCAUUUCCUGUCGCUCUCCCAAAAAGAAAAGUGCGGAAGAGCUGUUGUGUGCGUUCAUGUAUGGAACGUUGUGCGUGCGUGUGUUAGCGAGAGAGAGUGAGUUUGCGUAUGCGCGAUGUGGACGACGGGAGGGCUGACUGAUGCUGCUACCUGAAUAAAGUAAAAGUGUCAAACA